CCUCACCGCCUUCUGUCCCCAGACGUCACUCGGGGAGCGGGGCAGGAGGCACGGGGACGCGCGGCGAGGCCCCGCGGGCACCAGAGCACGGCCAUGGAGGCCGAGAGGCCCUUCCACCUCGUGUCCCCCCUCCUGGAGAGCCUGCCCCUGUCCCGCGCGGCGGGGACCAAGGUCUACAUGAAGCUGGAGAACGUGCAGCCCACCGGCUCCUUCAAGAUCCGGGGCAUCGGGCACUUCUGCCAGGAGGCUGCCAGGAAGGGCUGCCGGCACUUCGUGUGCUCCUCAGGGGGGAAUGCAGGCAUGGCCGCUGCAUACGCGGCCAGGAAGCUGGGGCUGCCGGCCACCGUGGUGGUGCCCAGCAGCACCGGCCCCGGCACCGUGCGCAGGCUGCAGGAGCUGGGGGCGACGGUGGAGGUCUGCGGCAAGGUGUGGGAUGAAGCCAGCCGCAGAGCCCUGGAGCUGGCCGAUACCCCCGGCUGGGUCAGCGUCCACCCCUUCGACCACCCCUUGGUGUGGCAGGGCCACGCCAGCCUGGUCCGGGAGCUGAAGGACUCGCUGGAAGCCAAGCCCGAUGCCAUCGUGCUGGCGGUGGGCGGCGGGGGGCUGCUGGCCGGCGUGGUGGCCGGGCUGCAGCAGGUGGGGUGGCCCGACGUCCCCAUCAUCGCCGCCGAGACCUGGGGGGCGCACAGCUUCCACGCGGCGCUGGAGGCCGGCCGCCUCGUCACCCUGCCCGACAUCACCAGCGUGGCCAAGUGCCUGGGGGCGCAGACGGUGUCGGCGCGGGCGCUGGAGUGCGCGCAGGAGAGCCGGGUCAUCUCCCAGGUGGUGGAGGACAUCGAGGCCGUGCGUGCCGUGGAGCAGUUCCUGGAUGACGAGAGGAUGCUGGUGCAGCCGGCGUGCGGGGCGGCGCUGGCCCUGCUCUACUUGGGGCGGCUGCAGCGGCUGCAGCGCGAGGGGCGCCUGGGGACCCCCCUGGGCAGCGUGGUGCUGGUGGUCUGCGGCGGCAGCAGCAUCACGGCGGCGCAGCUGCGGGGCCUGAAGAGUCAGCUGGGGCUGGAGUGACCCCCCCGGGUGUCCCCCGCCUUCCCCACGUCGCCCCAAAGGAGCUGUGCGGGGUGGGGAAACUGAGGCACGGCCCCAGGGACACCCGCGUCCCCCGAGCCCCUGCGGCUGGAGCUGGCCGAGGCUCCCCUGCCUCAAUUAGCGAGCACUCCCGCUCUAAUUACUUUGCUACUGUCUCGAUGCGUUAUUAUUCUAAUGAUUAUUAAUUAUUACAACCCUUGCCUGUCUCUGCCGCGCUGUCUGCGGUCAGAAGAGAAUGGCGUGCGUG